GCGAGCAGAGUCAGCUACGUCGUCGUUUUAACCCAAUUUCUCUUCCCCAAACGCACUCAGGCCGAACCCCACUCUCCCCGCAACAAAUCCUCCAAGUUCUCUUCUUCACCGGUCACCGGUGCGGCAUCUCUAUCGUCCAUUUCUUCCGACUCGUCCUCCUCACCGUCCGAUUUAUCUCCACUCGGCAUCCAUUGGAACUUAAGUGAUGAGCAAAUUUAGAGUGUAAUAGCUAUGGAUGGCGAAGCUCAACGGUCAGUAUCUUUUCGGUUAAAUCGUAGAGGAGACCGGACUAAUCAAAGCCCUCAUUUCAAUGAUUCGGAAGAAGGUUUCUCUUAUCCGGAGAGGUUGCCCCAAGAUUAUCCCAUGAAGAUUGUUUGGAAGAAGGGGUUUAUUCGAUUGGUUCUCGUAGCAGGCAUCUUGUGGAUGUUGCUAAUUCUUAUUGCAUUGUUGUUUCAUGUAUGGUCUUGCCAAUCUUCAGUUUCUUUCUUUUCAGCUAUGUGUAACAAAGAUAGCAAACUAUUCACAAUAUUAGGCAGAAGCGGGGUUGUACCACAACCUCAACCUCAACACCGCUGUCCAAUUCCCCUUGCCAAUGACCCUGAUAAAAUAGUUAUUCCAAAGGGAAGAACUCUUGACAAAAUUGUCAAAGAUUUGUCCUAUGUCAUGGAGGAUGAGCUUUGGAAUAAUGGAUCUCAGACUUUUCCACUAUUUGGAGGGCAUCAAAACUGGUCACAGCGAGAGGAGAGUUUCAAACUGAAUUCAACUAUGAAGGUGCACUGUGGAUUUAUUCACAAUAGCGGUGCUGAAAUGGCUCGUUCAGACAUUAAAUAUGUCAAGAAGUGUACGUUUGUGGUUGCAUCUGGCAUUUUCGAUGGAUACGAUACACCUCAUCAGCCUUCAAAUAUAAGCCUUCGUUCUAAGAAGCUCUUUUGUUUCCUUAUGGUGGUCGACGAGAUAUCCCUAAAAUUCAUAAAGGAAAAUGUUACUAUCAGAGAGGAUGAUGAUGGGGGGAAAUGGGUGGGUAUCUGGCGUCUUGUCUUACUAAAGCAUCCACCUUAUGAUGAGCCCAGAAGGAAUGGGAAAAUCCCUAAAAUUUUACUCCACAGGUUGUUCCCCCAAGCUCAGUACAGCAUUUGGAUUGAUGGUAAAAUGGAACUGAUCGUUGAUCCGCUGCUAAUACUGGAAAGAUAUUUAUGGCGUGAGAAGUACACAUUCGCCAUUGCUCAGCACAAGCAUCACCGCAGUAUAUAUGAGGAAGCUGAUGCAAACAAGCGGAGAAAGCGAUAUGCCCGGCCGCUUAUUGAUCUCCACAUGAAAAUUUACCGCUAUGAAGGAAUGGAAUCAUGGAGUCCGGGGGGGAAAACCAUUAGUGAUGUUCCAGAGGGAGCGAUUAUCGUACGGGAACAUACGGCGAUUAGUAACUUGUUUAGCUGCUUGUGGUUCAAUGAGGUGGACCUCUUCACACCAAGAGACCAACUGAGCUUUGGCUAUGUUGUAUACAGGUUAGGGGGUUCGUUCGAUUUCUAUAUGUUUCCCAAUUGUGAGUACAACUCACUGUUUGUGCUGCACCCACACACAAGGGAGCAUUCUUCAGCUGUUGAAUGGGUAAAGAAUAUCACUGAGCUUGAUGGGAAAGGUAGCAGUAUGAAAGAGAGUAGGGGAGGGUUAGGGUUGUGGACUCCAUAUCCCGGGAACCUUGAUUCGGUUGCCCUGCCUGCUGUACCAAGAACAUCAAAAGCAGGCUGAGGUUCACUUAAUUCAAUUGGUCUUCCAAGAUUUUCUCAUGAUUUAAUGCGUUAUCUUGUGAUGUGUUUUACACA